AUGACGCUUCGAACGGCUCUUCUCACGGUUGCGAACCUCCUCAUCCCCGUCGCGAUACUGGUUUUUGCGACUGGCUUCUUCCCGUAUAAACCUUUCAUGCCCGGACUAGCGGAGUAUGAAGAGCUUGCAUGGUCUGAGAAGACGGGUGAGGAUUGGCAGAAGCCGCCAGAGGCGCCCUUUGACAAGCUAAUCUUCAUGGUUGUCGAUGCGCUGAGGAGCGACUUCGUAUACGGAGAAGAAAGCGGCAUGACUUUCGUGCAGAGCCUUAUACGAGAUGGCACCGCGCUUCCGUUCACAGCUCACGCUACUUCUCCCACGAUCACCAUGCCCCGCGUAAAAGCCAUAACCACAGGCUCUAUACCCUCCUUCGUAGACGUAAUUCUUAACUUCGCCGAAUCAGACACCACGUCUACUCUCGCGACGCAAGAUACAUGGCUCGCGCAAAUCAAAGCAAAGGACUAUGACAAUGGGAAAGGGAAGCUGGUCAUGUACGGCGACGACACCUGGCUGAAGCUCUUCCCGAACGUGUUUGAGCGCGCCGAUGGGACAAGCAGCUUCUUUGUUUCGGACUUCACAGAGGUUGACAACAAUGUGACGAGACAUGUUCCUAAUGAGUUGCUAAAUAGUGACUGGAAUGCUAUGAUUAUGCAUUAUUUGGGUUUGGAUCAUAUUGGGCACAAGGCUGGUCCCAAGAGCCCGAACAUGGUGCCGAAGCAAAUCGAAAUGGAUGACAUUGUCCGCGACAUCUACACGGCCAUCGAGAACGAAGAUCACCUCUCAAACACCCUUUUCGUACUCUGCGGCGAUCACGGCAUGAACGAUGGUGGUAAUCACGGUGGCUCAUCGCCAGGCGAAACGUCUCCGGCACUUGUCUUUAUGAGUCCGAAGCUCACCAAGGUCACUGAGUCUGCUGAUAGACGGAGUCCGAUCAAACCGAAGAAUGAAGGAGAGUUUAAAUACUACCGCUUGGUUGAGCAGAGCGACAUUGCUCCGACACUGGCGGGUAUGCUUGGGUUCCCUGUUCCACAGAAUAAUCUGGGUGUCUUUUUGAAAGAAUUCCUGGGGUUCUGGGAUAAGCCGUCGGACCGCAUGCAACUUCUCUAUCGCAAUGCUAAGCAGAUGAAGAAGAUUGUCGAGGCCAAGUAUACCAGUCUGCGAUUUGACGAGCAAGUUUUGACAAAAGAUGAGAUGGGAUUUGCAUGCUUCAAGUCUGGGGAAGGCCGCUCGCAUCUGUCAGAUGGUCAAUUGCUAGCAUGUCUCUGGCAAGCGGCGAUGAGUGCGUUCAGCGACGGUUUCCAAGAUCAUAUUUACCAGUUCAUGCACGAAGCCCAGGACACGAUGUCUAGCACAGCUUCGAACUACAAUGUCGCUCGCCUUUUCUUGGGAGCCGGUUUAGCUUUCCUCAUCUGCACCUUGAGCUACUUCACGCUUCCGGCUUUCCGACCUGCCACGCCAGCCGGCAUUUACUAUGGCUUCGCCUUCGUGUUGUACGCCGUACUCAUGUUUGCCUCUUCAUAUGUUGAGGAAGAGCACAAUUUCUGGUAUUGGGCUACGUCUGGUUGGUUCCUUUGCCUUUUCUUCAACAACAUGCGAAAGGAAUGGUACAACAAUUGGAUCUUCCACCCUGCCAUCAUGGCACUAGCCAUACACAGAGUAGUAAGACGAUGGAAUCAAACCGGGCAGAAGUACGCCGGUGCCGAUGAUAUCGUCAACAGCGGGAUCUUCCACGGUAAUGCCUCGGUCAUCCUCUGGAUUUUGAUCGGCGCUACAUACAUGGACGUUACGAUCCGAUUAGCCAGGCAUGUUGCGCGUUCUAUUGCGACAUUCGAUACAGAACAGAAACAUCACAGUGUGGAGAUCGAGUCUACGGAUCAGAAUCGCAUGUUUGGAACGAUUGCUGUACUGCCGCUCUGCGGCACUGCGGUGAUCUUCAAGCUUGCGUUCACAGUCAAAGAUGCACCAGAGCUGACCUACGGCCUUACCGCAAGCUUGGUGGAGAAUGUCGAGACGUUGGAACUUGUCGGUCUUGCGCGUAUGGUGUUUGGAGGGUUACUUCUGAGUGGAACUUGGAUUGCCUUCGCUGAGUGGACAAGAUCGCAGCGGAGGAAGAGACGUGGGAAGCAGGGUAACGGCGAAUUCGCAGUCGCAUUCUUCGACCUAAUGACACUCUUCCUCUUUACACAAACAAAAGCACAAAACAUCCCCCUCUACUUCCUCUUCCGACUACAGUACUUCUUCCUAACUCUUCUCGACCUCACUCCCACAGCCGUAACCCUAACAACCCUCCUCCUAACCCAAACCUCCUUCUUCGCCCUCGGCAACAGCAACUCAAUUUCCUCCAUCGACCUCUCAAACUCCUACAACGGCGUCUCUGGCUACAACGUCCUUGCCGUCGGUCUCCUAGUCUUCCUGUCAAACUGGGCUGGCCCUGUAUACUGGUCUCUAGCUGGUAUCCUCCUCCUAGGUUCUCACGGUCGCACUGAGCGCUACAUUGAUACAAGCGAACUUCAUGUCGCGGACUGGAUAGCUAGGGAAAGGGAGUGGUUGAAUGAGCUUGCGAGGAAGGAGGAGAAGGGGAGAGAGACUAGGAAGGAGAAGAAGGAAUGGGUGGGACAUGUUGCUUUGUUGACAUUCUGGACGGGGGGUAUGCUAGGCGCUGUUAUGCUGGCUUGUACGGUGUUGAGGCAGCAUCUUUUCAUUUGGACCGUAUUUAGCCCCAAGUUUUUAUUUGCCAUGGCUUGGGGGCUUGCGUGGCAUGGUGGGGUUACACUGGGGAUUGGAGGGUUGGUUUGGUGGUUGGGUAGUUGGUAG